UACAUCAACGUCUCAAAGUUCAACCCAGUAACUCAGCUGGCUGCCCCUUUUUAUUUAUUAAACCCUUCUUUUGAAUUCUUUCACUUUUGCCGUGAAUAUCUACAAAUGACUAAUGACAAACAGCAAUGUGUAAUCGCAGACAUGUUGCACGACAUGACACCGCUGCGGUGCAUUUUCUCACUUCUUCAACUGUUUCAGGAAGUGGGGCAGUGUCACCAAAAUCAGGAAACUGAGUGUUGCUAUUUAUACAACUGAGCAAAGGGCUACAGCUGGUGAAAGCUAAUGUAGUCUCAGUUGAAGAGGAAUUGAGCUUCGGUAAACUUGAGAAACCAAAAGGAUAUACGGUGGAUUUGAGCAAAUGAUGUUUCUUGUUGGGUGAUUUUGAGGCUUCACGACCAUGGAGGAACCCGUCUCAAGUGUUAAAUCAGCUAAAUCUGAAUCACAUUCAGUACACGAGACGUUGAUUCUGCACUCAGCCGAGGCGCAGGAAUGGGCAUCAUAUUUGCAUCAGAUCUUGAAAUCCUCCAGAAAAUUCCGCAAAAGGUCUAUUUUGAUGUACGCGGUCGAGCCAGCCGAUCAGCUCCACGGAUAUGACUUUGAACGUUUCCAGAGCUGCAGGUGCGUUGUGCUGCUCCUCACGGGAGUGAUCCUGGAAAUGCUCAGUGACCCCGAACUGCAGGGAUCGCUUCAGAGACUCCUUCAUCCUCCACACAGAGUGGUGGCGCUGCUGUGCGGCGUGUCAGAGGAUGACGUGCCGACUGAGUGCUUCGAAGACUGGCCGAGAUGGAGAAAGCUCUACGCUGACGACGACCCUGCUCUCUACGUUUCCACCAUUUUGGAGUCCAUUGCUGACAGCAGACAAGUGGAGGCUGAAUAUAAGAGAGAAGCUGUAGCUGCAGCAGAGUUGCACAUGACAGCAGCCUCUCCAACUGAAAGUCCCACCACUGAUGAAACAGAGGAAUUGGUGUCAGCAGAGCAACAAGAAACUGUCCUGGAGGAUGAAGAAGCGGUGAGCGCGGGGAAUUCAGCAAGUGAGGAACUUAGUACGCCCACGCACCUCACCUGUCUCACCGUUCAACCAAACAGAGUUCUGUGUGGGGAACGGGAGAGACUUUUUAUCAUUUUCACACAUAGUACACAAGUAGACGAUCAGUCGGCACCAGUGGUGGAGUUUUCAUCUGAAAAUGUAGAUGCAAAAAGAGUCCCAGGCACUGUGGAGAAUGAAUACACUAUAAGUGUUAUUACACCUGAUAUGCCUGCUGGAGUGGUAUCACUCACCAUGUACACUGACCAGCACUCUGUCAGCUUGAGGCCUGUUACAUUUUAUACCAACAUGGGAGAAGUCAGUCGGUGUCUUGAAAAGGCUGCUGAUCCUGUUAACUUCAUCUGCCAGGCCUUCAGCUUGACGUCCAAUGCGACUGAAUCACUGGACAAAAUGCUAACUGACUCGUUAAAAUCCAGACUGCCUGCAACUAGUCUUCAGCUGUUUGGAAUCAGACAGAUUGAAGAAGACAAUAUGGCGGCAUAUCAGCGUAGUGAGGAGCUUCCCACGCUGCUCCACUUUGCUGCUAAGUACGGCCUGAAGAAGCUGACCACCAUUCUCCUUCAGUGUCCCGGGGCUCUGCAGGCUUACAGCGUGAUGAACAAGUCUGGAGACUACCCAAACACGCUGGCAGAGAAGAGUGGCUUCUCUGAUCUCAGACAGUUCAUGGAUGAAUUUGUUGAGACAGCAGACAUGCUCAAGUCUCACAUUGAGGGCUCCAUCAACACAGAGGAGAGUGCAGAGGUGUAUGAGAUGAUGUCAGCUUCCUCUCAAGACAUCAUGAUGAAGUACUCGGGAUGCUCAGAGGACAUAUAUGAGUCAAUGCUGGGGAUUGACCCUGAAUGUGCAGAGGACCUAUAUGAGUCGAUGAAUGCUGUAGACGAGAACCCAGAGGAAGUUAUGCUUAGGAAGUUCUUCCAAGCAAAACCACACGCCAGUGAAGACCCGGACAACAAUGACCACCCUAAAAGUGAGGAAGAGGAAAAGAACAAUCAUAGUGACUUAGAUCUAAUUGAAGAAGAGGAGGAUCCAUACAACCUCUGCCCAGAGGAUAUCUAUGAUACCGUGGAUGAAAACGGCAUCUAUAAAUCAGAAAUCCUGAAUCGUCCACCAGCCCCCAUCCCCAGACCAGAGUCCGUAUCUGAGCCUGAAAGGCCUGAAAGGCCUGAGACCUACAUCUCUAGAGUAUUUUCAGAUAAAGCACCAUCCCAGAGUGAAACGAUGGACGUAGGAUAUCUUGCAGUUCGGCCUGUGUCGGACCCCCCCUCUCCUUCUUAUGACCCCUACGCUGGGAUGAAGACACCUGGACAGAGACAGCUCAUAUCUCUGCAGGAGAGGGUGAAGGUGGGGGAAAUUACUGUGGAAGAGGCCGUCCAAGAGUUCAAAGCCUGGCAGUUUGACCAUGAGCGGAGGUCCAGCUCCAUACGUUAUCAGCAGGAAAAUCUGAAGAGAUUACGAGACAGCAUCACCAGACGUCACAAAGAGAGAGAGAAGUCAGGAAAGCAUGAUUUUGAGAUAAGUGCUCCGCUGCAGAGGAACUUGUACUGGGGCUCCAGUGUGACGUUAGAGUGUUCAGUGUACGAGUCGGCGCCCAGAGUGACGGCUCCUCCUGUUCCUCCUCCUCCAGUGCCUCAGGUCAUCCAGAGAGGCGGCUGGAAGACAGGCAGCACCUCCAGCACAUCUAGUACUGAGAGCAACAGACUCAGCACCUUCAGCUACAGUAGCGGGACAGAGCCUGACUUUGAGGACUCGAUAGAAAAUGUCCCUCCUCCGCCACGACCUCCACGGCCUGAAGCUGCAUCCCUCACCGCUGCACCCAGGAUUCCUCCACGGAUCCCAGAAAGUAGGGUGCCAGAUAAGAUGCUGCAAGAGCGCUACAUAUCCUGCCCAACUCGAGCACUUCCUCAAAGACCUACUCAGAGGACCACAAACUCAGCACCUCCAGUACCCCGCCGCCUGCGGUGAUCCACACGUCUACUUUUUGCUGGGUUUAGUUUCCAAAGUUACGAGUAAGAGGGAUGGAGGAGUUGAAAAGACAGUGUGUUCCUCUGUAAGCAACCAUCAGCAUUUAUGAAUACAUCCAGAGAGAGUUUUUUGUUUUGUGUUUUUUUGCUUUUAUUAAUUGUAUGUAUCAGUAUCCCUAAUAAUAAUAUUUCAUUGUGUGUGUGUGUCUGUGUGUGGGUGAGUGAGUGUAUAUGUUGUGGCAUGUUUGAACUGUAAUAACCCUGGAACAUGAUUUUACUGUGGCAAUUGUAAAGUAUAAUAACAAAACAUAUUAUGGUAUUUUAAUUAUUUUCGUUCUGGGUGUUAAGUUUAAUGUGUUGGGGGGGGAGGGGAUAUUUGUUUUUUAAUUGAAAUCUUAAUUAUGAUAUUUAAACAGUUCACCAGAGAGAUUCCUUUUCAUAAGUAUGCUUGUACUUAAUUGCAAGUUGUUUAUUGCAUUAUAUUGUACUUAUUUUACCUCAUAUAUCGAUAUUUGCAUGUUUCUUAAACGUGAAGAAUUCAUGCAUGGAUGAUCAAAUAACCUUUAGGAAGUUAGUUUUGUUGUACAUCAGACUUUAUGUUACUUUUGAAUUUCAUAAUGAAAUAUAAAAAUAUGUGCCUUUUAUACACUUAAAUGUGUUCUUAUUUUAAUUGGCUCCUUUACAAGCAAUUUAUUUCUUGUGCAAUAUAAGGUUUGGUCACUUGAUGGCGCUCCAUAUUCUCUGUUUGGAUUCCAAUAACAUUUUUUUCCAUGUAUGUGGAAACUUUUUCCAAGGAAAUUUUUUUAAGCAAGCAGCAGUUUAAUGAAAUUACAAAUGACUUCACUGUAUUGAAUAUAAAUUAAUCCUGACCCCCAAAACUGUCUCCUGUAAAGUUCUGGAAGGAGAGAGACAUGUACAAAGUCUGAGAGAGUGUAGCCAGACAAGAUUUCUGGUCAAAACUUUCAAAGUAAAAUCAUUACUGAUAAAUACACAGCAACAAAUUGAAAGAAUGUUUUAAUUAUUAUUUUAUCAUUCACUGCAUUUAUUUGUGGCUUACAACCCUAUGCUUAUGUUUGGUGUAAAAGGUGUUAAAUCAUGUAUUUAUGAAUGAAUGAAAAAACAAGAUAAUGUCUGUCUUUAUUCAAUAUUACAGUUUUCCAGAUGGUGUGUUUUUUUUUGUUUUUGUUUUUAAAUGAAUAAGAUGACUAUGCAUUGACUGCUUUAGGUGAAAAGGUGGAAGCUUUCAUACGCAUGUAACGGCUCUUUGUUUCUUUGUAUUCUUUGGCAACCAAAAGUGUGUUUCCAGUGACCUGUGUCUUCUAAAAUGUGACAGAGGUCAUCAUCAUUACUCCUCUGAAUGUUACAUGUUCUUAACUGACAAGAAUUUAUGAAGCAAAAAAAUACUCCAUAGCAAGUUAAUAUUCAUCAGUGGAGGCAUUUUAAUCAUGAGGAAUUGAAGCAUGACUAGGACCUGCACUGAAUUAAAUCUCAUUUAAUAUAGAUAUUUCUGUCAGGCGUAUUUGUUGCUUAAUAUUGUACAAAUGAAAUCCUGCAAAAUCUUUCAACAUGGUCGAUAUUCAGUUUAGUAGGCUGUAUUUUGAUGCAUCCGUUAAGACCCAGACUGGCAAAUACAUUGAAGUAUUUUAACCAAAGCCAAAAGCAUGUGUUUUGGAAAUCUAAAAAAAAACAUGUAUUUGCUUUAAGCUGUGCUUAUCAAUAUUUUUUUGUAAUGGUUAGAGGUGUCAUUCAUUUUGAUAAACCCUUGGAGAAUUAUCUCCAGGCUGUUGUUUAUAAUCCUGUUGUGAGUUCCAUUGUGUAAAUAAA